AUGUAUUCCAUCGGUUUCAAAGUGCGUGAGAUGCCCGAUUUAAGCGCACAGAAGAAACGUAAACGUCUUCGGUUACGUAUUGGUAAAUUUUCAAAUGGUAAAAAGAAUGUGGCCACAACACUGGGUCUGGUCGAGGGCAAUUCAACAAACACAGUUAAUACGGUUGAAGUGGAGGAUACAGAGUUCAGCAGCAGUAAUAUGGAUAGUAAAAGUCGUGCUGGCAUUGAAGUGACUAACAUCAAUUUAAAUAAUACCGAAGAGGUUCCAUCAACAUCAACAAAUACUCAACAAAUUGCGACAGUAUCCCACCUGGUAGCAUUAGCGCAUCAAACACAUCAAACGCUGUCGAAGACACAACAAGAGCCAACACAAACAACCGCCACAACAACAACGACGAUAACAGCAACGUCCACGAAGUCCUGUUUAACACAACCCGUACAAGUACAAGAAAAUCCUUUAGAACCUUUAAAAGCAUCCUCCACAGUAGCAGCAGCAGCAACUACGCCACCAACACCCACCUGUAUAACAAAUGUGGCAACAAACGAAAUCCCAGCGAUAUCAUCAUCAGCCAAUGGCACUGUUGUGAUAAACAAUAACAACAACAAUAAUCAUCAUCACAAUCAUCCAUCAUUAGAGGUAUUAGCCGAUCCUCAAUUGCAGCAGCAACUGGAGCAGGUGCAACAGCAAACACAAAACUGUGAAAAUUCCGUGCAAACGCCAACAACACCAGCAGCAGGCUGUGCCGCAGUCGGUGGCAUAGCCACAACACCAGGGUCAACCAGUAUUAUGCAUAAAACUCAGGGUGCUAGCACAUCAAAUGCCACCACAAUAACAUCAAUAUCAGCCUUAUCACCCCAAACACCCACAGUAACGACACCCUCCUCCGCACCCCUACCGCAUCCCUCGCACACACCCAAUCCGCCCUCAGCUUAUGCUUCGAGUCAGGUUACGCCAGUACCACGUGCCAAAAAUCCACAGCAACAACUGUCCAGCAUAUCCAAUCCCAUGCACAAGGUGACGAAGAGAAAAGAAACGCUGGAGGCGAAACGUGAACGCAAGGCGGCCAAGACAUUGGCCAUUAUAACGGGGGCCUUUGUUGUUUGUUGGCUGCCGUUUUUUGCCAUGGCCUUGCUGUUGCCACUGUGCGAGAGUUGUGAAAUUAAUGAUGCGGUCGCCUCGUUCUUCCUGUGGUUGGGCUACUUUAAUUCAACACUAAAUCCUGUCAUCUACACAAUUUUCAGUCCGGAAUUCCGUCAGGCCUUCAAGCGUAUACUAUUCGGUGGUCAUAGGCCGGUGCACUAUCGCAGUGGUAAAUUAUAAAAAUACUAUAAUGACAAAAGGAUGAAUACUUUAGUUACCUAAAGGACCAUACAAUGAACCAUGUUUCAAUAAAACACAAAACUAAAGGAUUUUGAAAACAAACAUAACAAAUAA